AUGACGACCGCUCGCGGCGCGGCGCCUUCGACGUCGACGGACGUCGCCGCGCUCGCGGCGUCGAUCCUCGCGUCGUCGUCGCGCGCGCCGCACGAAAUCUUCUCGCUCGCGUCCGACGCGUCGCGAGACGCGUUCAAGGCGCGGUACCGAGAGCUCGCGAAGGCGCUGCAUCCGGACAAGGCGAAGCUGGACAUCGCGGAGGACGCGUUCAAGGUCGUGACCGAGGCGUUCAGGGCGGUGAUGUCCGGCGGCGGCGGCGGCGGAGGGUCCGGCGGGGGCGGCGCCGCGCCGGGAUCGGGAUCGGGCGGCGACACCAGACGACGAGCGCAGCCGUUCUGGAAGACGGAGCAGCCCGCGAGCGCGGCCGCGCCGCCGCCGCCGAGGUGGUCCGCGACGACGACGGCGAGCGCGAGCGCGGCGGCGGCGGCGACUUCGCGCUGGGACGAUUGGGGCGCCGCCGCGCCCGCGAGCGGCGGCGGCGUGACCAAGGCGAAAACGGUGCCGCCGAGGCGCUCCGACGGCGGCGGCGGCGGCGGCGGCGGCGGGUGGGCGCGCGGCGGAUCCGACGCGCCCGCGACGCGCCUCGACCCUUGGAAAGAGACCACGGCGCUGGACCUCGACGUCGAGGAGGAGGAGGAGGAGGAGGAAGAUCCCGUCGCCGCCGCGGACGACGCCGCGUGGUUCAGCCGGUGGGGGUCCGCGUGCUACGGCGGCGGCGGCGGCGGCGAGAAAACUUCGGCGUCCUCGGCGGCGGCGCGGUGGGGCGAGACCGAGGUCCCGCGCUGGACGAAUAGCACUAGACACGCCGCUCCCGCCGCGGACGGCGCUCGCGCGCGACGCCGCCUGGGGAAGCUCAUCACGUCGGAGGACGACCUGUCGGACAGGUCAUCGGACCCGGAGGAGGAGGAGGAGGAGGAGGAGGAGGACGACGACGACGCGGGCGCGGGCGCGCGCGCCCGAGACGCGUACCUCCGCGAAGUCACCGGACGCGACGCGCGGCGCUCGCCCGCUCCGCCGCCCGCGAGCGACUGGUUGACGGGGUUAGACGCCGGGGGAGGCGCGAAGAGAGGGAGAGAGAGCGCCGCGCAGAGGUGGUCCGCGGCCGCCGGGGACGGAACCCGUCGCGGCGGCGGCGGCGGGCGCGGGCGCGGGCGCGGGCGCGGCGGGGGGAGCCGCGGGCGGGGCGGCGAGCUCGACGACGACGACGUCAUCGAAGUCCACGACGACGACGACGACGACGAGAACACGUCGACGCGGCCCGCUCCCGCGGCGGUUAAAAAAACGAAAGCGGGGAAGUAUCCGUGGCAGAGGCGAAAGACGUCGAAAUCGAAAUCGAAAUCGACGCGCGUCGGCGCGGACGGCCAAGAGAACGACGACGGUGGCGUCGGCGUCGCGGACGCGCCUGCGGCGAAUAAGGAGAAGAAGCGUUCGCUCGCGUCCGCGGUGCUGAACGACCCGAACAGGAUACCGCACACGAAGCUCCCGAAGAAGGCGUUCACGCAAGCCACGCUCGCGUUCGGGUGA